AUGGCGGCCGAGACACACGUGGCACAAGCGCAGGCCUUCUUGGAUGGCACCCUCCGGCGAGCUGCGCGGUGGGCAUCGCUCGAGGUGAUCGAGGAGCUUAUUCAACGUGGCUGUCGCCCAGUGCCUAAGUUGGUGCUCGACCUUGUGAAGCGGCCGGAUCCCAUCACUGCACUCAAGGUGAUUAAGCUCCUGGGUGACAAGCAUGGCGUGGACGUCGCCGCCAAGGUCGUGGACCAGUCGGGCGCCUGCCCCCUCUCCUUGGCUGCAAGAAAAGGCCAUCUGGAGAUGUGCCGGUACCUGAUCGAGAAGGGUGCAGAUGUAAACAGGGGCGACCAGAACAAUGAGACGCCUCUUUUCUGGGCCGCCAGCUACCACCAUGCAGAGGUUUGUCAGCUCCUACUCGACUCUGGCGCUGACAACAACCACAUUGACAAGUUCGGCUACUCACCUUUCUGGUGGGCCGUGCAUAAGGGGCAUCUGAAUGUGAUGGAGAUCUUGCUUCGGGAUAGAUCCGUGGACAUGCAAGCCACAAAUGGCUGGACACCACUGUUCAGGGCAACAGCUUCAUCGGCCCAGUGGCUCAUUGCACGCGGGGCCCAGGUGAACCACGUCGACAACGUGCGCAAGCAGACUGCAAUCUUCUUCGCCGUGGAGAGGAAUGACAUGGAGCUGGUGAAGGUCUUGUUGCGGCAUGGGGCCGACAUUAACUUCAAGGACCAGUAUCAGCAGACCUGCCUUUUCUAUGCCGUGAACCUGGGGCACACGGAAAUGACGAAACUGCUUGUCGAAAUGAAAGCAGACAUCCUGUUGAAGGAUCUGGGUGGAAGGACAGCAACAGAUUUUGCCAGGAAGAACGGUGCCCUGCCACGGGCAGAGAGCGCCAUUCGGUAUGUGGAAGCAAUGGCCGAGCCGUUCGAGGACAAGCAAAAGAAGAGAAGAGGACGCCCUGGCCAGGCUUCGCCGAAGAAGGCAGCUGGCCCAGCAGCGGCGGGACGACGGAGCAACCCGCCGCGCGCCUCCACCACCAGGAAGCGGAACGAAAGGCCGGCCAGUCAGCCAGCACAGGGGUCGAAGCGGAAGGACUCCCAGGAAGAUGACAAGGGGCCGAGGAAGAGGUAUCGCUUCGUCCAGGCUGAGACGAACUCCAAGCUGACCUCCAAGCAGAAGAAGUUGCUCCUGCAGCACUGCCCAUUCCUGGCUCGUUAA